AAAGUGGGAAAUUUGCUUGAUGAUCUUUCUCUCCCUUCCAAAUUCAUCUGCAAAUCAUUUUUUCUUCAUUGUUUCUGGGAUAAAAAAAACAAAUUGAAAAACAAGGAAUUGGAUCUUUGAAAUAGCAUGGAUGAAACGUCAGAGUUAUCAUGCCCAGAAAACGACAUGAUGAACCCAGCAUUGACGAUGACCACUCAGGUCUCCGCCAUUUUGGUUCUCUCCCAUGUUUUUCAGAUCUUCCUCAAACCAUUGGGCCAGCCCGCCCCCCUUGCCCAGAUCCUCGCAGGGUUUGUGCUAGGUCCGUCAGGUUUAUCAAGAGCUCCAUCAAUACACGUCUUCUUCUUUCAGAAUUUUGCUGUCGAUUUCUACGAAAGUAUGGCAUUAUACUGCCGAAUAAGCAUCAUGUUUCUCUUAGGCCUCGAAAUGGAUAUCUCUUACUUAAUGAGAAACUUACGUCCAGUAAUCAUCAUCGCUUGCGGUGGUUGUUUAAUGUGCACAAUAUUUGCAUCCGCCAUUUCUUUAUUUGUAUACGAAGAAACAGGAUCGCGUGGAUCACGCUUCACAUUAGCAUUAGUCAUCACCGUGGUUUUAGCCAACACUGCAUCGCCAAUCGUCUUCCGUUUGGCUGCUGAUUUGAAGUUUGCGACCUCGGAUAUUGGAAGACUAGCUAUAUCUUCUUCUUUAAUUGGUGACAUGUAUGCUGUUUUAAUUUUGGUCUUAAUAUCCGGUGAGAAACAGAAGCGAACAGUUAACGGUUGGGCACUCAUGGCUUUUUGUUCACUUUUACUUCUUGUGGGAAUUAUUAUUUUCACAACGCAUUUAGUUCACUGGCUUAAUAAACGAAACAGAGAUGAAAAGAAUCUUCAAGCUGUAGAAGUAAUGUUACUUUGUUCGGUUAUUCUUGUUGCUGCAAUGACACUAGAAACUAUGGGAUUUAGCAGCAUAAUAGCUUGUUUCCUAAUGGGGUCCACAUUCCCACGGGGCGGGAAAUCAGCUCGAACGUUAUUAGCCAUUCUCACAUAUACGGUCCGCAAUUUCAUUUUCCCAAUUUAUUUUGGCUACUCAGGGUUCAAAGCAGAUACAAGUUAUUUGAAUGAGUUGAAACGAGUUGCAAUUGUUUUAAUGGUUAUUGUGUUGAGUAUUGGUGGCAAGAUUGUCGGGACCCUUGCCGCAUGUUGGUAUUUAAAGACACCGCUAAAUGAGGGUGUCCUUCUUGCUUUUUUGAUGAACAUGAAGGGACAUGUGGAUAUUUUGACUUUGACCACAGCUAUGCAGAACAAGGUUUUGAACAGUUCAAUAUUUUACAAUUUAAUGGUUUCAGCUGUAGUGAUUAGUUCCCUAAUCACAGCUCCACUAAUCAGUUUCCUAGUGAGAAGAGAAAGCGAUACAAUCGGCGCCAAACACAUACCAAUGGAAUAUCACAGUCCUGAUAAAGAACUAAAAUUACUCACGUGCGUGCAUAGUCGUCACCCUGUCGAUUGUAUGGUAAAAUUCGUUGUAUCUCUAAGGGGAUCAGACAACGUUCCCAUUUCUCCAUAUCUAAUGCAUUUAAUCGAGCUUCCUGAAAAAACUAAAAAAAACUCAUCCUUUUAUGAUCAAGAAGAAGAUGAGUUUAGUGAUGAUGAAGUUGACGAUAGUAAUGACGCAGUGGAAAUAAACGAAGCUGUUGAUAUGUACAUCGAAGAAACAAAAAUGAUGAUUCAUCAAGUUAAAACCGUAGCACCAUUUUCAACCAUGUAUCAAGACGUUUGCCGUUUUGCCGAUGAUAUCCGGACAUCGUUUAUUGUUCUUCCAUUUCAUAAGCAUCAAAGAAUUGAUGGGAAAUUUGAAAACGAUAAAGAUGGUAUUAGGAGUACUAAUCAAAAAGUGUUGAGAAAUGCUCAAUGUUCGGUGGCUAUUCUUGUUGACCGUGGUCAUACUACAUCGGGUACGCAGGCUGCUGGUUCUGAAUCCUUGCAGCAGAUUGCGAUUUUGUUUUUUGGUGGGCCCGAUGACCGUGAGGCGUUAGGGUUCAGUAAACGUCUUAGUACACAUCAUCAUUCUAGUGUUACUAUAUUUAGGUUUCUACCGACAUUAGCGAAAGCUCCUAAUGAAGGAAUUAAUGUUUCCCGAAAAGAGGAUGAUGUUGUAGUGACUAUACAGGAUCAGCAAAUAGAAGUUGAUGAGGCAGAUAGUUCGGCCUUAGCAAAUUUUUAUCACAGGUAUGUGACGUCAGGGAAAGUGAGAUUUGUUGAAAAAUAUGUACAUAACGGGGCUGAAACAGGAAUGGUAUUAAGAGAAAUGGCAGAAACCUACUCGAUGUUUAUAGUAGGUAAGGGUCGCAGAGGUGACUGCCUUUUAACUACGGGAAUCAGUGAGUGGGAAGAAUGCCCCGAGCUCGGUGUAGUAGGUGACUUCUUGGCUUCCAGUGAAUUUGAUAUUAGUGGUUCGGUUUUAGUUGUUCAACAGCACAGAUGACUUUUAUUAUAGAUAGCCGAACGCUAUAAAUUGUUUCUUCAAUAUGACCCGCUCUAACCUUUCAUG